UGUGACCGACCAUAGGGCGUGCGUCGCCAGCCAAGUGGUACCGCUCUGUCCCCAUCCCCUUCAUAGCGGCCCUAGCCCACGGUAUCGGUCGGUGCGCCUGCUGAGAGAGACAUCAGCUCUUGGGAUUGGACCGGACUGCUUGCAGGAGACUGCAACGUGAGAUUCCUGCAUCUUUGGCGAUCUUGAAAACACACUGGAGAGAGUAGGCCGGCUACCGCGGGUGUGUGACGACAGCAAGAUUUAGGCGCGCAUGGCUACUAGAAACGCGAAUCACGGCGGCGGCGCCGGUAACAAAGGUGGAGGUGGGUGGGUGCAGCAGGAUGUCGCUUGGGCGCCCGGCAACGGCGGUUGGGGAGACGGAGAGGAGGAGGAGGUUCGGGUGGGGGCGGGGCAGACCCUGGUUCACGAGACCCACGCCCCGAAGAGGAUCUCGCACAUCCAGUUCGGCCUUCUGGAUGCAGAGGAAGUGGAGCGCAUGAGCGAGUUCCAGGUGUGGUCGCGAGAGCUGUUCAAGAUGCCCGAGAGGAUUGCCGCCCCUAACGGCUGCCUUGACCCGCGGUUAGGGGUGUCGGACAAGACAGCAGUUUGUGAGACGUGCAGCAAGCUGCUGGUUGACUGCGCCGGCCACUACGGCCACAUCAAGCUCGAGCUGCCCGUGUUCCACAUCGGGUACUUCAAGCACACCCUCACCAUGCUCCAGUGCAUCUGCAAGACGUGCAGCAGAGUGUUGCUGCACGAUGCGUCUCGGGUCAAGUACCUCAAGCGCAUGCGGAACCCGCGGGGGAUGGGUGCGUUGGAGAGGGGGAACCUUCACAAGAAGAUCGUCACCGAGUGCAAGAAAUCCACCAGCUGCUUCCACGAGUCUUGCUACGCCGUCAACGGAACCGUAAAAAAGGUCACCGGGUCCCAGACGUUAAAGCUCGUUCACGACCGAUACAAAGGCAAACCGCCGGGGAACGUGCUGCAAGAGCUGACGGCGGACAUGAAGGUGGCGGCUCAGGCGAACCGGGAGAUUCCGAAGCACCUGGGCAUGGCGAUGGAGGAUCUCUCCGCUCUUAGGGUGCUUCACCUUUUCCAGCGCAUGACGGACGAAGACGCGGAGCUGCUCUGGAUGGACGCCAGGGUCGGCAGGCCCGAAAACCUUAUCAUCGAGAACCUUCUCGUUCCUCCGGUGCCGAUCCGACCGUCGGUGGCAAUGGACCUCGGCGGCGGCAGCAACGAAGACGACCUCACGGUCAAGCUUCAGGAGAUCAUAGACGUAAACGCCUCCGUUAAGGCUGCUUUGGACAACGGCGCCAACGUCAAGAUGAUCAUGGAGAACUGGGACUUUCUGCAGCUGGAGGUGGCACAGUACAUCAACGGCGAGAUGCCGGGACUCCCCAGACCGAUCUUAACGACCAAGCCAAUCAGAGGGUUGUGCCAGAGGCUGAAGGGGAAAAGCGGUCGAUUCAGAGGAAAUUUGUCAGGAAAACGUGUGGAUUUCUCGGCGCGUACCGUUAUCUCCCCGGACCCUAACCUCCGUGUGGAUCAGGUCGGGGUGCCUGAGAGGGUGGCCAAGAUCAUGACCUUCCCCGAGAUGGUCUCGCGAUACAACAUCGAAAAACUUCGCAAGGUGGUGAAAAACGGGCCCGACGUGCACCCAGGAGCUAACCAGGCGAGUCGAAAGAACUACGUUCUGUUUUUCUUGGUGCGGCUGGAUGGAGGCGACGGUUUCGUGAAGAAGCUGUUUAUCGAGCACGUUCGGGAGCAGCUGUCUGAGGAGCUCAAGAUCGGAGAUAUCGUAGAGAGGCACAUGGAGGACGGAGAUGUCGUGCUGUUCAACCGGCAGCCGUCCCUGCACAAGAUGUCCAUCAUGUCCCACAGGGCAAAGAUCAUGCCAUGGAGGACGUUCCGGUUCAACGAGUGCGUCUGCUCGCCGUACAACGCCGAUUUCGACGGGGACGAGAUGAACAUGCACCUCCCGCAGACGGAAGAGGCGAGGGCGGAGGCUGCCCAGGCAAGCCGGCGUUACGUUGCUAGCCCUUCUCGUCUGAUGGCGGUGCCGUACAACCUGGUCACCCCGAGAAACGGCGAGCCCUUAGUCGCGGCCACGCAGGACUUCCUCACGGCGGCCUACCUCAUCACCCAGAGGGACAUCUUCUUCGACUUCGAGACCUUCUGCAGGGUGGCGUCGUAUAUGGGGGACGCGGGGGAACAGGUGGAUGUCCCGCCUCCGGCCAUCAUGAAACCCGUCGCUCUGUGGACGGGCAAGCAGGCGAUGUCCCUCAUGGUGCGACCUUCCAAGGAAAACAAGAUCCUUGUUAAUUUCGAGAGCAAGGAGAAGAACUACAAAGGGAACCGCUUCCUGUGUCCAAGCGACGGCUACGUCUGCUACCACAACUCUGAGCUGAUGUGCGGCAACCUGGCGAAGAAGACCCUGGGUGACGGGUCGAAGACGGGGCUGUUCUACACCCUCAUCCGAGAGCACGGUCCUCUCGAGGCGGCGAGGGGGUUCAGCAUCGGCAUCGAGGACGUCACCCCCGGCGCCGAGCUAUCGGCGCUGAAGCACGAACUCCUAACCGAUGGCUACACGGAGGCCGACGAACAGAUUCGGCUCUUCAACAACAACAGGAUGCCCCUAAAACCGGGCUGCGAUGCCAUCCAGAUGGCCGCGGUGAUGACCGUAACGGAAGUGACGGUAAAGGAAUCCAGGACGAAUAGAUUCCUCUUUUCCACGACCACCAGGUGUCUAUUCAAGCUUAGCGACGCGUCUAUCAAGUCGCUAGAGAGUGAGCUGAACGGGCUUCUCGGCAAGCUUCGAGAGACAGCGGGGACAGGGGCCAUGAAGGCCUUGCCUUGGGUCAACAGCCCCCGUAUCAUGGCCGAGUGCGGGUCCAAGGGAUCCCCGCUCAACAUCUCCCAGAUGAUUGCCUGCGUGGGGCAGCAAUCGGUCGGGGGCAAGCGCAUCCAGAACGGGUUCGUGAACAGAACGCUGCCGCACUUCGAGGCCAACAGCCUGUUCCCUGCGGCCAAGGGCUUUGUGGCGAACAGCUUCUACAGCGGACUCACGGCUACCGAGUUCUUCUUCCACACCAUGGGGGGCCGAGAGGGGUUGGUUGACACGGCUGUCAAGACCGCAGAGACUGGGUACAUGGCCCGGCGGCUGAUGAAGGCGCUGGAGGACCUGAGCAUGCAGUACGACCGCACGGUCAGGAACAGCGAGCAGACCAUCAUUCAGUUCGUCUACGGAGACGAUGGGCUGAACCCUUCCUGCAUGGAGGCCAACAUGCGCGUCAAGAUCCGAGGGGCGGACGAUUUCCUGGAUGUCGGGCAGCCGGUGGACUACGCCAAGCUCAUGACGCAGGUCACCUCCACCAACCUCUUCCUCCACGAGAAGACGCUGUCGCCGAAGGAACUCAGGCAGCUUUGCAACAAGGUCCUGGCGGGGAAGGAAUUUCAACAGAUUUUGCCCCAGGGUCAGCGUUGGACGGAAGAGCUCAAGCAGUAUCUCGAGGACCUGGUGACCACGCGCAAGGGGCUCCGCGAAGGGUUGCGGCUGCCCACGGAGGUAUGUUAG